AUGCGCUUCACGGUACUCAUUUCGCAUAUCCUCUCCGCGCUCUUCGUAGUGCAAUCCCCAACACCAGCCCUCGCCAUCCUAACGACCCGUCAGUCCGGAAGCUUGACCUUCCUACCCGACGACCCCGUCUUCACAUUCUCAUAUUCCACAACAGACGCUGACGCGAAGAACUGGAUCGGCAUCUACCGCGCCUCGGGCGGCGGACCCGAGAACCAGACAUUCGUGGAGCCGUCGCUGGUCUGGGGGUAUGCGCCUGAGUCGAAUGGGACGCUCAAGAUUGAGAACGUAGGGUCGGGGUUGGUCCCUGGCGACUACCGCGCCUACUUCCUCGCCAGAGACGGGUAUGCGUGGCUUGCGCCGCCGGUGGACGUGAGGGUACCGUAUGCCUCUGGGCCGGUUGGAUUCUUCGUUGACGAAGUUACUCUGAGGAACGCGCGUGUCGGGGAUGGGUACGAGGCGCGUGUUGAUGGGUUGAGGAGCGGUGGCGGGAGCGCAGGCGUGAGCUUCCGUAAAGUCGGGGGGAGCGAAUGGGUCAAGGUAUCGGAGGCGGGCGUCCUAUUUGGUACGCCUGACGUCGCGGGCCUCGCUCAAGUCACGGUCGAAGCGGUUACAGCAGCAGCAGAGGAUGGACCGUCUGCGCGGCUGAACGUCACCAUCCCCGUCCGCCCCGUCGGCGCACCGCUCGUGGACGAGGUAUCCGUCAUGUCGUUUAACCUCUGGCACGGCGGGACGCAGGUAUCCGAUUACCACGCCAAACAAGUGCGGUUCCUGGCGUCCAGCGGCGCGGAUAUUGUCGGCGUGCAGGAGAGCACGGGGGGACAUGCUACGCGGCUGGGGGAUGCAUUGGGGUGGUUUUCGUGGCAGGGCGGCGAUGUUGGGUUCGUGAGCAAGUAUCCGCUCAAGAACGCCGCCGCGCACGAGGGCGGGACGUAUGCUGCGUCCGUGAGGGUUGUGCUGGAUGGUGAAGGGGAGGAGGUUGUGUUGUGGAAUGUUCACUUGGGGUAUGACCCGUACGGACCCUAUGAUUUCUGCUUCGACAACAUGACGGUGGAGGAGGUGCUGGCGCGGGAGACGGAGUCCAAGAGGACGCCGCAGAUCGAGUCUGUCGUCCGGGCCAUGGCGGGACAGUUGGCGGACGCGGAGACGGUGCCGGUGGUGUUGCGGGAUGCACUGCGGACAAGGAAAUGUGCCGUGGCCUACUUCUGUGGUGCCGACGGAGGCCGGUUUGAUUGA